UUUGUACUGUUGUGCAAACUUUCCUGUGAACUACAAAUAAAUUUCUAAACUUUUGGGAGUUUGUGGGCAAUUGGCUUAGUGUAAAAACCAUGAGUUAUUUGGGUAUUGGAGUAAGUCCAGGGAAUGUUCCAAUUCAUCAUAGGAGUAAUUUGAAGGUAAUUGAUAAGAGAGUGAGAUUAGCUGAGCUGAUAUUAAGGUGUUUAAUUUGUGGUUUAGCAGUUCUUGCUGCUGUUCUUAUAGGUACUGAUAGUCAAGUUAGAGUUAUAUUCUCAAUUCAGAAAAAGGCUAAGUUCACUGACAUGAAAUCUCUUGUAUUUUUAGUGAUAGCUAAUGGAUUAGCUGCUGCUUACUCACUGGUUCAAGUUAUAAGGUGCAUUUUGAGUAUGAUUAGAGGAAGUGUUCUUUUCAAUAAGCCCUUGGCUUGGGCUAUUUUUUCUGGUGAUCAGUUGAUGGCCUACUUGAAUUUGGCUGCGGUGGCAGCAGCAGCACAGUCGGCAGUAUUUUCCAAGUUAGGUCAAACAGAGUUACAAUGGAUGAAACUCUGCGAUAUGUAUGGUAAAUAUUGUAACCAAGCUGGUGAAGGCGUUGCAAGUUCUGUAAUAGCGAGCCUUAGCAUGAUCGUCCUCUCUGGUAUUUCUGCCUUCAGUCUUUUCCGCUUGUAUGGAAACAGUGGAGGAAAGGGUAAUGCUAAAUGAUGAGUAGAGUUAGUAGUAGCAGCAGCAGCAGCAGCUCAACCUUAGCUCUUCAGUGGCUCUUGAUAUGUAACUUGGUAGAUUUUGGUCUUUUUUGCUGUUGUAUGAUAACUGAUUCUGGAUUUUGGUCUUUUUUGCUGUUGUAUGAUAACUGAUUCUGGAUUUUGGUCUUUUUUGCUGUUGUAUAAUAACUGAUUCUGGAUUUUGGUCUUUUUUGCUUUUGUAUAAUAACUGAUUCUGGAUUUUGGUCUUUUUUGCUUUUGUAUAAUAACUGAUUCUGGUCUUUCCUUGGUUGAA